UACAACUUCCACCGUUGAAACGUUGACGCGUGGUUUCUUUUAUCAAUUUCCCCCUCCUUUGUCUUUACAAGGAUUGUAUGUUUCCACCAUUCGUCGUGCCUUAUUUCUUCAUUGUUUCGCAUACCAUCAACUGCCCCGAUAAACUUGGUUUCGUUGGCGUUGUGUCGUUCUGUCCUAUCCGUGCACAAAGACAUCCUCAACAAACGCCAGCGUGAUGACCUAUAUUCGUAGGUCAGUUGACAAAGCGUCAUCCUCGGCCCAAUACGUCUAUCUACAUCUCAUUCAUGGCAGAUCCGGUGGUAAGGGUUGAUGCAUUUUCAUCGAUGCUUCUCCCUCGGGAUAUGAAGAUGUGGAAUAGUAGAGAAGGUUGAGCGGUGGGAAGAAUUGGCUGUGAGGGUAGAUUGACGUGCCGAGGUGCUCAUGAUCAAAGUCCGUCUGCGACUCCAGGCCCGAAGAUUACCGAACUUUGAGGCCCUCUUCAUGACGAUCGAUUCGAUUUCGCCGAGCAAUGUUGAAUCCAGGUCAUCAACGGUUCUUCGACGAUUCGGACAGCAGACUGCCUCCUCUUUUAUACAUCUUACGAAGAUAGGUUCAUAUGGCGGCUCCCCAUAGCACCCUUGGGGAUUGAUCAGACUUGACCUAAUCGACCAACUGCAUUGUUCGUCAGGUUUGCUUUGAUCUCCAAGCCACAAACCUCCCGCCAUCGUGUCCGCUGUGCCCUAGUGGCUUAUUGUUCGAGUCGAAUGAUCGAUUACCUUUCCUGGGCUUGAAUGAUCUUAGUCCAUAUAUUGGGGGGCGUGACUGUUUGCAUUUGUCGCGUCUUUCUUGUGUCUCCACUGCCACCAUUAUUACUUCUACCUCUCAUCAUGAACGGCUUUAAUUAUAACUACAAGGCGAAUCACUGCGAAGACAUGAGUGCCACCUCAAGUGGCGUCGUUCAAUCGCAACCUCAUCCCUUCCUUAAUCCCGGAAAACCCUUUCGUCGAGACCAUAGCGAAGGAAGUGUAUGGGAGGACCCUCUGUCUAAGCAAGCUAAGCAAACUCUGGAGAAGGGGCACGAGGGCCUUCCAGGCACAGUAGAAACCGAUGUUGAUAUGGAAGAUGGUGUUGCGUGUGCCAGCAGCUUCUCGUCUUCACGUCGGGACCUUCCUUCAGUUCAGAGGAUCUAUCCUGUCUACCAAGCACCUGUGUUGAAGUCUACCGGCACUUACCCAUCUGCAACCAAAGCCACGACUUCUGCUGUCGUCCCGAAGAAGAUUGUUCAACUUCAGAAGAGGGGCGACAUACACCCUAUUCGGCUCGAAGCCCUCCAGUUCCCAGGAAAGGCAGAAGGAGCUAUCAAUCUGGAUUUUCUGAAGUGGCCGAUAGGAUUUCCUUAUACAACCCCAAAAGUAAUAGGCAAAGUGUCAAUAAGACCUCGUGGUCUCCCUGUAAAAGUGGAAUUGAGGGACGCCAGCUUGGAGGAGGAAUUGAACGCGCUUUUCAGUCACUCCUCACUCCUUUCACCUGUCCACGCGGGUUCUUUCCCUAUCACCGGUCAUGCUAGCAGUUCAAAACAUUGCCAGCAAUCCUCCGGUUUCCAGAGCGUACCCGCCGAGCUCGGAUAUCGCCUCUCAGGUUCUACCGAUACCGGUGCUAGUACCUCUACGGGCUUUGGAGGACAUGGUGUCCAUCCUCUGCCAGGCGUUCCCCGGCUAACGCAAGGCUCCUACUCUCCUCUACCUACGACUAGCCCUGUUCGUACUGUCACCGGGACUACCAAUGGUCGCGUUGACCAACCACAAAUGCCACUGUAUUCUGCCUACCAGGGUACGGUUGAUGUUACUCAUACCUCCAAUGUCCCGGAGUCCGGGUCUCCUACCUCUGCUCUCUCUACUCAUCCUAUCGCCGACGCUAACAAUAAUUGCAAGUACUGUGGUGGUCCAGCUACGAAGAAUCCGAGGAAGCAUGCCAAAACCGCCAGAUGUAGAAAAGUGAGGAAGGAAAGGGGGAUGGUUAUUCCCGGGCUGGAUUUGUAGGAGGUCUUCGUGGAGUUGUGCCACUGGAGGCAUGUUAUUAUGUUUCCCCGGUUGUGUUUCUUUCCUGUUGAUAUAUCGGCCUAAAGUCAAGCUAGGCCGGCUCUCAGCGAAGUAUUAGGUAUUGUGGCUACGUAGGUAUCGGACUGGAAGGUAUGUAUCUUUAUGAGCAUAAAUGAUCGAUCGCACUGGCAUACUAGAACCCUCUGUUAAUCUU